AUGAAUUCUGAAACUGUGAGUAACCUUGUUAUAACUGGAGUUGGUUCUGAGGCUGCUCCGGUCGAGCUCGGUCCAGAUAAGGAUGGAUUAGAACGUGCUGAGUGUAAAGGAUGCAAGAAAGUGUUUAAAGCUGGAGGUAAGCGAUAUGGCACUUCUACUAUAAAACGGCAUCUUGAUAGUUGUACUAAAAUUAAGCAUGAAGAUAUUGGUCAGACUAUAGCAGAAUUGCAACUUAAAAUGGGUUCACUUAAGAUUGAUUCAGGAGUGGCUAGAGAUAUGUUUGCUGGGAAUACGGUUAAAGCUGACAUAGUGAAAGUUCACAAGAGAGAAGCUGCGAAACUUAAAAAAAUUUUAGUUUCCAUUCCAAAUAGAAUUUGCUUAACAUCUGAUCUUUGGACUUCCAGUACCAAUGAGGGGUUUAUAUGUUUGACUGCACAUUUUGUUGAUGAGAACUGGAAAUUACAGAGUAAAAUUCUCAAUUUUUGUCAUAUGCCUCCUCCUCACACAGGAUUUGAGUUGUCUUCUAAAAUCUUUACGCUUUUGACCGAGUGGAAAGUUGAUAAAAAGAUUUUUUCUAUUACUCUGGAUAAUGCUUCUUCUAAUGAUACUUGUGUUGAACACUUGAAAAGUACUUUGGAUGUGCAUGGUUCAUUGUUGUGUGGUGGUGAAUUCUUUCAUGUUCGUUGCUCUGCUCAUAUUUUAAAUCUUAUUGUCCAAUAUGGAAUGAAAAUAUGUGGUGAUGCAGUGUAUAAGAUUAGAGAGUCUAUUAAGUUUCUGAGAAAAUCUGAAAGUCGAAUGGUUAAGUUUAAAGAAUGUUUUGAAGAUAUCGAGGGACUUGGGUAUACGACUGCAUUAUGUUUAGAUGUUCCUACUAGGUGGAAUUCACUUUAUGCAAUGCUUGCAAGUGCUAUUCCUUAUAAGAAAGCUUUUGAAAUGUAUAAAGUAAAAGAAGCUGGGUUUAGGGAGUAUUGUCCUUCAUCAGAUGAGUGGAGAAGAACUGAAAAGAUAUGUGAUUUCUUGUUACCAUUUUACGAAACUACCAAGUUGAUGUCCGGAACUUCUUACCCAACAUCCAACUUGUAUUUUUUACAAGUUUGGCAAAUUCAGCUUAUUUUAAUGAAUAGUUUGAAGAAUGAUGAAGUGCUUAUAAGGAACAUGGGAGAAAAAAUGAUGAUUAAGUUCAAGAAAUAUUGGGAAGAAUACAGUAUUGUUCUUGCAUUUGGGGCAGUUCUUGAUCCUAGAUUUAAACUCAACACUUUGGUUCAUUGCUAUAAUGAGAUUGAUCCUAUUAGUGCUAAAGACAAAGUGGAGCUUGUGAAGAGUAAGUUAUACAAGCUUUUGGAGGUUUAUGACCAAAAUUCCUCUACAACUGUAGAGAGUUCUUCCCAACUUUCAAGAUUUGAUGUCCCGUAA